CUCGUUACGAUUACCGUAGUAAAACUGUUUUUGUGUUUCGCAAUUUUCUCACGUUUCUCACGUUAUUGUGUUCCAUCGCUUCUAGCAAAAACGGGCUCAAAUUUUCGGAGUCGAAAAUAGGCAACGACGUCGAACACGUUCGAUUUACACGCUUUAGAAGAAGUCAUGUCGGCGCCGAAGAAACGAAAAAGCGACAUUCACAGCGAUGAUCGUGAUCAUGCAGAUCACCAAACGAAAAAGGAGAAACAUUGGUUCGAGGAGAAAUCUGAACAGAAUGGCGAGAACCGAAGAUCUUCAAUUUUCAAAGGAUUUCUCAAGAAGGUGAAGAGCUCCACUACUUUGAAGAGCACCAACAAAUCUGCCUCAUCUUCAAAAAUGGACACCAUAGCGAAUGAGACGCAUCUUUCAAUCACCAGUGAAUCAAGCAUCACUUCCGUGGAAUCCUGUCACAGUGCACAGUUUCCUAACGUCGCGAAGAAUGCGAUGCUUCGUACUCUUGUCAAUAGGGAUUCAUUCACACCUGUUCCACCUCCAGACGGUGAAAGUGUGACUUUCAUAUUGCCAGAGAUAGGCUCAUCGAAACUGGAAUUCACUUCAAAGAUGGAUGAUGCGAUUUCGAUUGAAUCUCGAAUGUCUAUUGGAUCUUGCCACACUAUCGAUGAAGACUCUGCUUCCAUUGGAUCCACCUCUGUUUUUUGUACUCCAAGUCGCAAUCCAUUGAUGAGAAAUGGAUUACGUAUGUCGACUAGAAGUGUUCCUGAAAACCAAGAUGAUAUGCCUCCAGCACUAUUCCGAUCUCUUUGCAAUAGCGCUGUUCGUCGAGUUCCCACUUCAAAAUCUGAAGGUGGUGGUACUCCGAUGCGGCGUUCCAUGCGGAUGUCCAUUCAGAAACGGAACUUGUCUUCGAAAAACAUGGAAGAUGUACCAGAAGAAGAAGCAUUGACGGUCUCUAAUAGUUCGAUUCGUGUUGAUGCUCCAAUUGCUGAAGAAGACGAAGAAGUGUUCGGGGCGGCUAAGGAAUAUUUUGACAACAAUGUCACAUCACACAAUGAUUCAGCAGAUGAAGGGACAUGCUCAAUGUCACGACUUUCGACGACGUCCGAAAGAGCUUCUGGUGUUGGAGGAUCUAGCAUUUUUCAGGGACGCCGGAGCUCAAUUUUCCGAAAAAUCUUCCCAGGAAAAAGUGAAUCGAAGGAUCGGAGAAUGAGUGACAACAACCAAGCGUCGGAGCAGUAUAUGGACAAAAAAUCAAGACGGGCAUCUGUAGUCUCUUUCAACGAGUUCACAUCUGUCAGCGGACUCUCUGUAAAUGAUUCUGCGAGCAAAAAUCCGAAAGACUUGACGGAAUCACCUCAGCAACCAAAGCUUCGAAAGAAAACGGCAUCUUCUUCUAAUCUGUCGCAACGUAUUUCUUCAGUUUUCCGAAUGGGCUCAAAUUCGACAGUGAAAUUGAAUGAGUAUGUUCCCAGUCCAAUCGUUUCUCAAUCGUCGCGUCGCAAUACGCUCACUGGGAAUUCGUCGAUUUCAUCUGGAGUCGGAAGUAUAGCCAGUGGAACAUCAGAUCAAGGAUACGGGACGAUUGGGUCUAGAUCCGGUCAAAGCAUAUCAAGAUGUGGAUCGAGGCGUGAUGAUGAAGGCAAAAAAGAACGCACUCGACGCCUUCUGGACCGUAUUAUCAUUUCCGAUGUUCCAGCAGGAGAGCUUCUGAAAUUAAAAAUUGAACAAGUCAAAAAGCAGAAGCAGUUGGAAAUGGAUGAGUUGUUUGAAACUCAACUCACUGAAUCGUCGUCCUCCGACACUUCUCAAAGCGAGAAUUUGCAGUUUGAUGUCGUGGCUGUUGAUAUCAAGGCAGAUGGAUCUCCAUUUUCCACUACUGCUGCCACAUUCAUGGACAGUGAACUUUCGAAAAGGGUGAAAGAGGAGAUCGUGUCAAAUUAUCGACCUGAUCGCUGCGGAUCAAUCACCGAAUACGAACCGGAGCUCGUGUUUGUGAUGCCUGAGCAGCCACAAGCGAGCUUGAAAAGUCUUAAUGACUCGGUUUCCUCUAAUGCUGACAUCAACCUUGAUCACCUUCGGAAUGUUAGAAGUGGCUUGUGCAAGUCGAUUGAAGAAUGGAAAAGGAUCACAAAAAUGCGAGAAUCAUCUACAAUGCUCAUUUAUCCAAUGUUCUGCCAAUCAGAAGAGGAAUGGGAUUCAAAAGGAACCAUCGACGCAAUAUUCCUGAUGCUCGAUGGAAUAUUAAUGAAUACAAAACGAUGGAUGCCGAACGGAAAAUGUAUUCUCGCUGGGGUGACUCCAAAUAAUGUCAUCCUUCUACGCAACAAGUUCGAUGAACUCAAACUGUCGGUUGCAAUCUCCGAAUCUGAUGGGCCGGCAAGUUCAAACGAUGAUUUCGACACUCAAUCCACAGCGAGCACUUCAACUGUGUUUGGAGCUAAAAUUUGAGCUGUGAAAUGUGUGUCUUGUUGUUAAAUGUAUUAUCGAUCUCGUCAAUUUUCAAAAUUUCUUUCAAUUCAUGUUACCUUUCUCUUUCCUCCUCAAAACGGUUGAUAUAUUUUUUUGUGUUUUCAUAGCAAGUUUUAUUAUCUAAAAAUUAAGCUCUACACCUUUUCAUCCUUGCAUUUUUCUCUUCACUUUUUGAGGAUUACUGUGAAUAGAAUGCCCCUGAUGUUUCUAUCCUCUUUCCCUCGAUUUGUUCGUAUUUUUUUGUAAUAAAGUGUGUGAAGGCUUA